AUGUCUCUGGAAAAUGAUACAGAAAAAGCUCAAAAUAAUAUAGCUCCUACACAGGAUAAUCAAGAGAAACCAAAGAAGUCCCGAAGAAAAUAUGUCAUUAUUACUGCUGCACUUGUUAUCUUUUUAUUAGUUAUUUUAAUGAUUGUUAUAUUUGUUAUUAGAGCUCAAGCCAAAAAAGUUCAUAAACUAGAUGAUUCUCGCCGUGUUACUUUAGAUAAAUGGCAUUUUAAGGAAUUUUAUCCUUCUUAUCAAAAUAUAAAAUGGGCCAGUGGAGAUGAAGUUUCUUAUUUUGAUAGAAGAGAUAAGACUAUUAUACGUGUAUACCUUAAUGGUACAAGUUAUAUGUUUUUGAAUGAAACUCAAGUAAAAAAGUCUAAUGGAGGGAGUUUUAUAUUUUACAAUUAUCGGGUUUCUAAUGAUAUGAAAUAUAUAUUAUUUUUAGCCUAUGCGGAGAAGAGAUGGAGGCAUUCUUAUUUUGGAAAUUAUUGGGUUUAUGAUGUUAAAAAGCAAGAACUUACGCCUCUUAUUAAAGAUCAAUCUAAUGCCAAAGUUUCAUAUGCUCGAUGGAGUCCAACUGGCCAUAAAUUAGCUUAUGUAUAUGAAAAUGAUAUUUAUGUACAGGAUGGAGCGGAAAAUGCUCAAAGAGUAACAACUGAUGGUAGUAAUGAUAUUUUUAAUGGCAUUCCGGACUGGGUAUAUGAAGAGGAAGUUUUUUCUACUAAUCAUGUCUUUUGGUGGUCUCCAGAUUCUAAAUAUCUUGCUUUUAUUCGCACCAAUGAUACUGAGGUAGAGAACAUUCAUAUACCACUUCAUAUGGAGUCCUAUUCGUAUAAAUAUUCAGCUCCGAUAUACCCUGAAACAAUGACUCUUAAAUACCCUAGAGUGGGCUCUAAAAAUCCACAAGUAUCUCUUCAUAUUGUUGAUAUUCAUAAUGGACAUAAAGUUAAAUAUUUGAAUAAUACAGAUACUAAAGAUGAUGACAAUAUUAUAACAGAAGUUGUUUGGGUUGGGAAAACAGAGCUUUUGGUUAAAAAAACUAAUCGGCAAUCUAAUUUUCAAUAUGUUUAUUUAUUUAAUGCUACAACUGGUGAUGGGAAGUUGACUAGGACUUUGAAUGCUACUAAGAUUGAUGGCGGAUGGUUUGAACCAGGCACCCAAGUUACACCAAUUCCAUCAAAUCGGAAUGCUAAAAGGUAUGGAAACGGGUAUAUUGAAAUCGCUAUAAAUAAAGGAUAUUAUCAUAUUGCUUAUUUUCGCUUAAACUCUUAUAAAAAUCCAAAGUUCCUUACUAAUGGAAAUUGGGAAGUAGUUAGUAUAGCUGGUUUUGAUUCUCCUAAGAGUACAGUUUAUUUUAUUGCUACAAAAAAAAGUUCAAUUGAAAGGCAUUUAUAUAAGGUGAGUCUUUUAGGAGGAGAUGUUGUCGCUGUUACAGACGAAGAGAAAGAUGGUUAUUAUUAUGCAGACUUUUCACCAAGUGGGACAGCUUAUCUAUUAACUUAUACAGGUCCUGAAGUGCCUUGGCAAAAAAUUAAGAAAGUAGAUAAUGAAGAUUAUGAUCUUAUCAUCGAAAAGAAUGAAGAUCUUACUGAGAAAUUGGGGAAAUAUGAUUUGCCAGAAAAGAGAUAUUCUACAAUAAGAGUCGGUGAUUAUGAUAUGAAUGUUUUAGAGAUAGUGCCACCUAAUUUUGAUGAUUCCGGUGCAACUAAAUAUCCUGUUUUAUUUCAUGUUUAUGGAGGACCUGCUAGUCAACUUGUUUCAAAAAGAUACAGAGUUUCAUGGAGUUCAGUCCUUUCAUCAGAUCCUGAUCUCCAAUGUAUAGUUGUUUCAGUUGAUGGAAGAGGAACGGGUCUUAUGGGUAGAAAGUUCUUAACGGAAAUUCAAGGACGUAUUGGUGUUUAUGAAUCAUUAGACCAAUUGGAAGUAGCUAGACAAUGGAAAAAUAAAAAAUAUGUUGAUAAAGAUAAAUUUGCAAUCUGGGGUUGGAGCUAUGGAGGUUAUAUAACUUUAAAGGCCCUUGAAAAAGGGACUGGUGUGUUUCAAUACGGAAUAUCUGUUGCCCCUGGAACAGAUUUUAGAUAUUAUGAUACCAUAUAUACAGAAAGAUAUUUGGGCUUAUUUAAUCAAAACCCUGCAGGUUAUCAAGAUGCUUCUAUUACUAAUAUUCUGGGUUUCAAAAAUGCAACUCGUUUUCUCGUUAUGCAUGGAUCAGCUGAUGAAAAUGUUCAUCUUCAACAUACAAUGAAGUUUGUUAGUGGUCUUGUAUAUCAUGGGCUUACUAACUAUGAUAUGCAUAUUUUCCCUGAUAAUGCGCAUGAUAUAUCUGCUAAUAAUGCAAAAUAUACGAUUUAUAAAAGGAUGUAUGAAUGGCUUAAAGAAGCUUUUAAAAAGUAA